AUGCAAGUAAAAUUUAAAGAUGUAAAACAACUAAAAGAAGAAAAUGAUUGCCUUAAAUCAACAGUAAAAAACCUCAAUAGUCGCUUAAGCAUAAUGGAGCAGCAUUCAAGAAUGAGCAACCUAGAGAUACAAUGUGUUCCGGAACAUAGGGCCGAAAAUAUACCUAAUAUUAUUACACAAAUAGGGAAGAUUACUGGCACUAAAAUAUCCGAUGCUGAUAUCCAUAAAUGUACAAGAAUCGCCAAGAUUAAUCCAGAAAAUGCACGACCACGGUCUAUUAUUGUGAAGUUUGCUUGUCCAUGGGUUCGUGAUACAUUCUUGGCCGGAGUAAUAAAUUUCAAUAAAAGAAACACCAAUGAAAAACUAAAUACGGAGCUGAAGAAAAUCCACGCCCUUGCCAGAGCGACAGCAAAGAAAUUAAAAUACAAAUUUGUCUGGAUUAAAAAUGGUCGUGUCUUUUUAAGAAAAACCGAUAAUACUGAGCAUAUUGUCGUGCGUAACAUUGAGCAGCUCGAAGAUUUACAAUAG